GUUACAUCGCUGGGGUUUAGCAGACACUCCUAUCCCGAGCGUCUUACACAACUUUAGCAUGUUGUUUUCACAUAGUAUCCAUUUAUACAGCUGAUUAUAUACUGAAACAAUUCUGGUGUCGUAUCUUGCUCAUGGGUGCAACGGCAAUAUCCUAGUUGGGAGUCGAGCCUGCAAACUUUCAGUUAUAAAUAUUUACAUUAACAUUUACAUUUAAUCCAAAUGGACUUACUAGUGACACAGGUCCUGCAGGCUGUUUGUGUGUUUGUAUGCAUGUAGGCUUGUGAAAAUGUAGCUAAGCCCGUGUUUGAGCGAGUGUGCCUCUUUUAUAUGUCCCGAGUGUGUGCACGGGUAUCUCUUUGAGUGCGUGUGUGUGUGUGUGUGUGUGUGUGUGUGUGUGUGUGUGUGAGGAUGCGACCGUUUCCUGUGUACGGUGUGCAUGUGUCUGCAUGUACAACCUGCAAGCGGGUUGGUCUGUGUGAAAGUGGCAGUUGCAGGUUUGAGUUUGUAAGCGUGCGUGCGUGUGGUACUUUCGUUGGUCGAUUCUCUCUUUCCGUCUCUUCCUCCUGCGGCCUUUUGUUCGUGUGUAUCUCCUGCACUCCAUCUGUGCGGGGAAGAGGAAGUGGGAGCAGACUGACUGAAGGCCGAGCGGAUGUGGGUGGACAUAAGGGCCUGGCAGGAGGGUAGCUCAAAACGGAAAUCUGACAAAGAAGUACUCCCCCAAACGAGGUAGCAAGGAGGAGCAAGAAUGCAGGUUUUCCAGUCACCAGUCUUUCCUGGACAUCCUGAAUGAGGUGAAUGAUUACGCAGGACAGAGGGAGGUCAUCGCAGAGAACAUGAUCCUCAACAUCUGCCUGGAGCUCAGCAAGUACCUGCAAGACCUGAAACAGGAGCGCAAAACGCAUCUGUCAGACGCUAAGAAAGCCCAGCAGAGUCUGGAGAGCAGCUACAAGCAGCUGGAGAGUAGUAAGAAGCGGUUUGAGAGGGAGUGGCGUGAAGCAGAGAAGGCGAAUCAGAAUGCAGAGAAAGCUGACCAGGACAUCAACGCCACUAAAGCUGAUGUAGAAAAGGCUAAAAUGCAGGCCCACAUGCGUACACACGUGGCGGAGGAGUGCAAGAAUGACUACGCUGCCCAGCUGCAGAAGUACAACCAGGAACAGAGCCAGUUCUACUUUACUGAAAUGCCUCAGAUUCUCAAUAAACUGCAGGACAUGGACGAACAGCGCGCGGUGAAGCUGGCGCAGGGGUACGUCUCCUUCGCCAACACGGAGAAGCUCGUCAUGCCCAUCAUCUCCAAGUGCCUGGAGGGCAUCGCCAAGGCGGGCGGCAACACCAACGGCAAAAACGACUCUCUGGCCCUCAUCGAGCAGCACAAGUCCGGGUUCGAGCGACCGGGUGACCUGGAGUUCGAAGACUACAGCCAGGGCAUCAACAGAGCGUCCUCAGACAGCAGCCUGGGCACUCCCAAAGGGCCCCUCGACCUGCUGGGCAAGAACAAGAACAAGCUCUGGCCCUUCAGCAAGAAGAGUAAGGUGUUAACUCCAGGAAAACUAAUGCCCCCGCCUACAGAGGACUUUGGUCACCUGCCGCCAGAGCAGCGCAGGAAGAAGCUGCAGCAGAAGCUCGAGGACAUCGGCAAGGAGCUGCAGAAGGAGGUGGACCAGAGUGAGGGAUUGGAGAAGAUGAAGGAUGUGUAUGAGAAGAAUCCUCAGAUGGGGGACCCCAGCAGUUUGGAGCCCCAGAUCUCCCAAACGGGCCAGAAUAUAGAGAAACUGCGGGCGGAGCUGCAGAAGUAUGAGUCCUGGCUGAUAGAAGCCGGGGGGCGAGGGGAGACCCUCCAGUACAUGUCCCACACAUUCAACAACAAUGGUGCCCACGACAGUCCUGAUGGUGCCCAAUCUGAUGAGGGCAAUGCCGAUCCAUCCCAGGCGAUAUAUGCCGAAUUUGAUGAUGACUUUGAUGAAGAGGAAGUCAUAAGCCCCAUCGGCGAAUGCACUGCUCUUUACACCUUCCAAGGUGCGAGUGAGGGGACGAUCUCCAUGCAGGAGGGGGAAGCAUUUGCCGUGGUGGAGGAGGACAAGGGCGACGGCUGGACUAGAGUUCGUCGCAACAACGGCGACGAGGGCUAUAUCCCCACCUCCUACGUCAACAUCAGUCUGCGAAAGUGACGGCACUCCCUGUGGGUCUCAAACUGACAAUGGUCUCAUCUUCCCCUGGGUCACCAAGAGUCCUGGGGCUGCUACUCCAGGGAACUGUGAGACAGAAGCUUCUGGAAAAUGCACGUUGUGGGUGUGGCCAGUGCACCAUUUCAGAAGAGGCUGGGACCAAUUGAACUGGUAACAUUAAUGCACAGUUUACGCAUUAUCAUGGUCACAGAGUGCAUGGGCAGAUUUGUUUUUCCUGCCGAUGGAAGUCUACAGUCACAUUUCAGUCCACACAGCAACUCAAACUCCCAGUUUUACUUCCAAUCGCAACCCUAACAGCUGCACAUAAUUUUACUCUCCACGGCAUCACAAAAUGGAAGCAUGUCAAUUCAGUACCCAUAGCAACCCAGAAACAGCAUUUCAUCAUUUUAGUCCCAAGAUGCUUGUGCGGUUUCGUCAUUUAUUCCUUACAGUUUGUUUAUAUCUUAAAUAUUGAACAGAGCGGUAAGUGCAGAUGAGAGAAUUCAAGUUUUUACACUCAAGCCCACACAAAUACAUACCUGCAUACAAGAGCAUCACGUGGUUUGGCACUUCAGAGGUCAGUUUGUGCAUAGUCCACAGUCAGGUUGAGCCAAAAGCCUUACGCCAAAGACUCUGGCUGCUGGCAAAUGUGCUGGGCCUAGGAGAUGUGAACUUUGCUCUGAAUUCCCACCCAUACAACACCUUUUUGGUGCUGCAAUUCUCCUAAUGAAACACGGCACACAGAAGGUGUUAUGGCCUGGAGGUGGGUGUGUAGAAUGGGAAAGCGAGGUCAUGGAAUAGCUGGCCCAGUGUUAGCCCCGCUGCAGAGAUGAGGGUGGUCUCUGGCCACUGCUGCAGUACUAUGGUGGGGUUUAAAAAUCAGUCUAUCCAACAUUUAUAAUAUUGAUAUUUUAGUAUUGGCCAUUAUGGAUUGAUUUAAAUGAAAACGCUGCCUAGAAACAGAAAGAAUGGUGGUGUUCACCACCAAAAUUGAAUCCUUACCACAGUGGUGUUAACUUGGAAACAGAUUACCAGAUGAAAAUGUGCAACUUUUAAGGACUUUUGUAUUUAUGAAAGAAUAAUAUAUUUUAGCCGUCAUAAUACCACUAUCAUAGCAUUAGCUUUUGGUCCAUUAUGAAUAAAGUUUGUAAAGUUAGGAGCAAAUGUCUAAUUGUAUAUUCACAUGAAUUUCUAUUUUUUGUCUCGUUUUGCUGAGCCGGACCUGGGAGCGAAUUCCCCCGUCUGUGGUUUUUGUAUGAACUCUUCUAUUGAAUUGCCUGCACCUUUUCCAUUGUUUAAUGGGAUAUAUAGAUCUAUAAACGACCACAUUUCAAAAUAUUAA